UCCAUCACGACCCCGGCGCCACCUCAACUUCUUGUAGCUGCUCCCGGAGGUUGACUCCUUCACCGACCAUCGCAGGAGAAACAAAGAGGGUGAACAACUCAUAAGUCACAGCCAAACCCACUAAAACAAACAAGCCAUGAAGUUGUCUACCAUUCGCAAUGUGUGUGGCAGCCUGCGGUCACCUCUAGUCCGUCAGGGAGGCGGUGUCAGCGGCUUGUCGCGGAGAUGCCCCCCGGUUAGUCCCACCAACAGCCGGUUGAUCAUCCGAACGGCGAGCGCUACUACGAGCGGCGGAACCAACCCGAGAGUAGCCGUAAAGUUUGGGAAACAGCCCCAAAAGGGUGAUGGGUUUGAAUUCAACACCUCUUUGAGGGAAGUUGUUCAGGGCACCAAGGAGGCAAUGGUCGCUCUGCAGAGAAAGAAUCCAGCAAUCCAGCCUUUGUUAGUCAUUAUACAGGCAGGUGAAGAUGAUAACUUGCUGGAGAUCAAUAAAAAAAUAGCAGGAAGGAUCGGCUUAAACAUCACUCAGAUUUGUCUGGCAAAAGAGUGCAGUGAAGAUGAAAUCGUUGAGGAGGUGUUGAAGCUGAAUGAAGACCCCAGGGUGCAUGGAGUCUACCUCCACCUCCCUCCUGCUUGUCUCACCAGUCGAGUGCUGAACACUCUCAAACCUGAAAAGGAUGUAGAUGGGAUAUCUGAUUUAAAUAUGGGCCGUCUGGUACGUGGAGACCUGAGUAAAGGCUUUGUGCCACCCUUGGCCAGCGCUGUCCUGGAUCUGCUGGAGAAACAUGAUGCUCCUUUGGAAGGGAAAACCGUGUUUCUCGCUGGAGGAGAAGGACCCCUCGGCGUGGCUCUGCAGUGCCUGAUUGAAAGAAAUGGAAUGGUUGCUUUUAAGAGUCAUUGGAGCUCCAACAGCCUACAGAGACAGGUGAUGCAAGCUGAUGCUGUAGUCCUGUUAGGGCCAGGCAACAUGGAUGUCCCACCCACCUGGGUUAGACCUGGAGCUGUUGUGAUCCGCUGUGAGCCCACCCUGGAGACAGAUGAACAUGCCAUUGAGAUAUCCUCAAAGUCUGGGUUAGGAUUCCUCACAGCAGCCUACAGAACACGGAAUGUGGUGCAUAGUUGCAGUCGUUGGAUCCAGGAACAGCAGUACAGACCCUGGCAUCUGCGCAGCCUCAAACUGCAGCCCCUGACCCCUGUACCAAGUGACAUAGAGAUUUCCAGAGCUCAGACGCCCAAGCCAGUGGACCAGCUGGCUGAGGAGAUUGGUCUGCUCCCAGAAGAGCUUGAAGCCUAUGGCAGAAGCAAAGCUAAGGUCCAACUCUCCCUGUUAGACCGCCUCCACACACAGCCUGAUGGGAAAUUAGUUCUGGUUGCUGGUAUAACUCCCACUCCACUGGGCGAAGGUAAAAGCACGGUGACCAUCGGUCUAGUCCAGGCGCUGUCUGCCCACCUGAAGCUAAACUCCUUCGCUUGUCUGCGACAGCCUUCGCAGGGACCCACUUUUGGGGUUAAAGGGGGAGCUGCAGGAGGGGGAUAUGCCCAGGUCAUCCCUAUGGAGGAGUUCAACCUCCAUCUGACUGGUGACAUUCAUGCCAUCACAGCAGCCAAUAACCUGGUGGCGGCAGCUAUCGACGCCAGGAUGCUCCACGAGGCAACGCAAUCAGACAAGGCCCUGUUCAAUAGACUGGUCCCUUCAGUGAAUGGAGUCAGAAAAUUUUCACCCAUCCAAAUCUCCAGGCUACGACGUCUAGGGAUCAAUAAAAUAGACCCAGCAUCUCUUACACCCCAGGAGGUCAGCACCUUUGUCCGUCUUGACCUUGACCCUUCCAAGAUCACCUGGCAGAGAGUUCUUGACACAAACGAUCGUUUCUUGAGGAAGAUCACAGUUGGACAGGCGAGCACUGAAAAAGGACAGAUCAGAGAGACUGGGUUCGACAUCGCAGUGGCCAGCGAGAUUAUGGCCAUCCUGGCUCUGGCAGACAGCCUGGAGGACAUGAAAAACCGACUGGCACGCAUGGUGGUGGGGACCAGCCGCUCUGGACAGCCUGUCACCGCAGAGGACCUGGGUGUGAGUGGAGCACUGGCAGUGUUGAUGAAAGAUGCCAUCAAGCCCACAUUGAUGCAGACCCUCGAGGGUACGCCAGUGUUUGUCCAUGCUGGGCCCUUUGCCAACAUCGCCCAUGGCAACUCCUCGGUGCUGGCAGACAAGUUGGCUUUGAAGUUGGUCGGACGGGACGGCUUUGUGGUGACAGAAGCUGGUUUUGGAGCAGACAUCGGCAUGGAGAAGUUCUUCAACAUCAAAUGCCGUGCUUCAGGGCUGAGGCCGAAUGUGGUGGUGCUGGUCGCAACUGUCCGAGCCUUAAAGAUGCAUGGUGGUGGCCCAAAUGUGUCAGCAGGAGCACCUCUUCCCAGAGAGUACAUUGAUGAGAAUCUGAGUUUAGUUGCAGGUGGUUGUCAUAGCAAUCUCAGGAAGCAGAUCCAAAUCGCUGACGUAUUCGGGGUACCAGUCGUGGUUGCGCUCAAUGUCUUCAAGACAGACACACAGGCAGAAAUUGACCUUGUGUGUCAGCUUGCAAAAGAGUGUGGAGCCUCUGACGCCGUGCCAUGUCACCACUGGGCGCAGGGCGGGCGAGGUUCCAUAGAGCUGGCCCAAGCUGUGAAUGAGGCUGCCAGCAGACCCAGCAACUUCCAGUUCCUGUACAACAAAGAGAUGCCGAUAGUGGAGAAGAUCAGAACAAUCGCCCAAAGAGUGUAUGGAGCUGAUGACAUUGAGCUGUCUCCAGAGGCCGGGGCCAAGAUAGAUUACUACAAUCAACAGGGCUACGGAACAUUGCCCAUCUGCAUGGCCAAGACUCACCUGUCCCUGUCCCACAUGCCAGACAAGAAGGGUGCACCCACUGGGUUUGUUUUGCCAAUCAGAGAUGUCCGUGCUAGCAUUGGCGCUGGCUUCAUCUACCCACUUGUGGGAACGAUGAGCACCAUGCCUGGUCUGCCAACCCGACCCUGUUUCUAUGACAUUGACCUUGAUCCGGUCACGGAGGAGAUCACUGGGCUCUUCUGAGCACGCUUCAAUUAAAUCAGCAGCCUUCCUGCUCCGUUCUCAGGAUCCUCAGCCCCAUUUGUGCCGCAUCACACUCAUCAUCCUCUCUACUUUCGACAGGAAAUGUGUUCUUACUCUUCCCGGCAGCCCAAACUCUCCCCGCACAGUAACAUGUUUACUGUAUUUGCACAUCUGUGUGAUCUGACCUCCUACAGCCAUAUGUUAUGUACCGUACAUGCUGUAUGUUUUUUUUACCUCUCCGUACAAUGUUUUCUGUGUAAGGAAGAGUCCUCAGUCAUCUUGAAUUUUAUUUUGGUGUUUUAUUUUGGUGUUUUCAAAAGACUUCUAAUUUCCUUUGUGUGAAAAAAAAGUGACUCAGAUGUCUUAUGUGUUGUAUCUUUAUAUAUGUUUUAAGCUUUUUAAUUGAAAUGGGCACAGCUGGUGUAUUUAUUAACUCAAACGCUGUUAUACGCACAAUAAGCCAUUAUGGUAUUCAUGUAACCUCUAACAUGCUGGAUGCUGCUGACUUUCCAUGCUGCUGCACUGGCUGAGUGAAAUUCACGUGUUACACCAUGGACUCGUCACGAGGUAUUGUUCAGAUUUUAGAGGUUUAUACUAAUAUUGUUUUAGUAGAGGGGGUGAGCCUCUCAGAUCCUCAGUUUAGUGACUUUAAUGGUCUAAACGACUCAUUAAAUAUAACCUCAUUAAAUAUACAGCCUUUGUUGUGUGAAGUAACACCUCUAACAUCGCUAUAUUCUCUGAAAGUUAAUCAGUGUUUACAAUUAUUUUAUUAUGUUGGAGGAAGUGGUUUUAAUUUCAUGCGAGAUGUCACAACGUCAUCUUUACAUUUCACAGUCAUGUUGUGGCUGCUUUGCAUCCAGACAGCUGAUGAUGAAUGCAACACUGUUCUUACAAUGUCAGCUGGCCAUGUUACAAUCUUGUUUUGAAUAUCAGACAGCAAUGCGAUUGACACGCAGUGCCUGCAUGUCUAAAUCGGACUGGUGCUAUUGUUUUAAGUUUUAUUGUACAAACCGAACUUUAUACAACCUCUGUGGGACUAACACAGAUUUGAAAAAAGAAAUAUUGUUGUAUGUUAAACAUUUAGUUUCUUGGAGUGUGUGUGCCUUUUUCAAAUAAACCUUUUAUUU